AUGACUAGAAUAUUGGGAAUGUUACCAACGAAGCUUCAUCAUUUUCGCACUGCCUGGGACAAUGUCAGCGGUGAGGACAAGAAUAUAAGCAAACUGUUUGAACGUCUGCGAUUAGAAGAAGAUAGACUAAAUGAGGGCAAGCAGUCAAGUGAAUCUCAAAACGCUCUUAUCUCUAAACAAGAUGAAGCCGUUUCUAAACUCGACGUCUUCAUGAAGAUGGUGGAAAAUAAAUUCGACAGGAAGAUCAAGUGUCUAAGAUCUGACAAUGGCACUGAAAUCAAGAAUGCAGAUACAAAAAAACUUUUGGAUGAACUUGGAAUUUUUCAUACCCGAUCAAAUGUUUACACACUUCAACAAAACGGACGAAUUGAGAGGGAAAUGCGUACAGUUGUUGUAUCAGCUCGAUCUGCUAUACAUGCUCAAGACAUGAAUGAAAACUUGUGGGCCGAAGCCAUAUUAUGCAGUUUUCACCCUAAAUCAAACUGGAACAAGUUCAAUCACAAACGAGCUAAGACUGAGAAGAAGUCAAAAAAGGGAUUUUUUGUCGGUUAUGACUUGGACUCGCCCUGCUAUAGAGUCUACCUACCCGAAGAAAAAGACAUUGCCUGUUCUGAUAAUCACAAAAUCAAAGUAAGAGUUCAGGAGGAGAGUCUGAAACUUCUGAAUCUGAAGACUUAUUUUCUGAUGGUUCAAACGAUGAUCAACCGCCUGACAACACUGAUCAAAGUAUCUCUGAUGACUCUGAUGUUUCCUCUGACUCAUCAAAUCGAAAUCAGCCUGUAUUCAAAUUUACGUGAUCGUCGAAACUUGAAACCGCCUGCCAAAUUCGGUGAUUAUAUUUUGGGUUACUUUCGUGGAGGAAACAGUGCAAAUGUAGCAAUGAUAGGAGAAGUGGAGGAUAUUUCUGUCUCAGAUGCCCUAAAAGAUGAAAACUGGCGUAAAGCUAUGUCUGAAGAACUCAGCUCUCUGAUCAAAAUAAAAACAUGGGACUUAGUAAAACACUCAAAGCAGGUGCAACUUUUAACCUGUCGCUGGAUCUUACGACGAAAACAGGACGGUCGUUUUAAAGCCAGACUUGUCGCCAGAGGUUUCGAACAGAAAGAGGGAAUAGACUAUUCCGAAACUUUUAACCCUGUUGCUCAUCAUGUGUCUAUUCGAUUGAUCUUCAGUCUUGCAGCCUCUGACAAGAUGAAAUUGAUGACUUUUGACAUCAAGACGGCAUUCCUAUAUGGAAAUCUGAAAGAAGAGAUUUUUAUGCAUCAACCGGAAGGCUUUAAUGAUGGUACUGGUCGUAUCUACGAGGAUGACAUGAUUGAAGUCUUAAAUAAACUAAAGCAAAAGUUUGAAAUCACUUUUGACAUUGCACGAAAUGGUAAACUAUCAUAUCUCAGCAUGCAAAUACAGAAUAGUCCAAAUGGAAUUUUUGUUAGUCAGCCAAAAUACACGGAGAAAAUCCUUCAGCGUUUCAAAUUCGAUUUGUUAAAUCCCGCAUCCACCCCAAUGAAACCUGGAAUGGUGACAGCUGAAAAAAAUCGUGUAAAUGACAAACCGCUUGAAAAGUCUGAACCCUAUCGUGAAGCCUUACAUCAACUGCUGAAGCUGAAUAUCGAGCUGCCGUAUCAUCAAUUGAUGACAUUUGCUGGAUACGACGUAUCGGAAGUGAACUUGCAUUUCUAA